AUGCUUGAGUAUGAGUACAGAUACAUUAUGAUUGAGCGUCUCUGUUUGGCACUGGUUUGGGCCACUAGAAGGCUGAGACACUAUGUGACCGAGUAUUCCAUAUUAUUGGUUUCACGAUUAGAUCCAUUGAGAUAUCUGUUCGACAGGCCUGUUUUAAUUGGUAGGCUCACAAGAUGGUUAGUGUUAUUGAUAGAGUUCGAUAUUCAGUAUGUCACGCAUAAAUCAGCAAAAAGAAGCAUUGUUGCAGAUCAUUUGGCUUCUUUGCUAGUAUCUGAUGAUAGACCGGUUGACGAUGUUUUCCCUGAUGAGCAAUUUGUCUCAGUGACUAGUAUUGGUGAUCAUAUUCCUAGAUCAGUCCGGUUGGCAUUCUCUAAUCAUCACCGACUGAUGAAUAAUGUUGUUGAGUACGAGGCAUGCAUUACAAGUCUAGAGACUGCACUUGAUCGUGGAGUUAGACAGUUGGAAAUCCACGGGGAUUCCAACUUGGUUAUUCAGCAGACUCAGGAUAUCUGGAGGACUCGGGAUGAGAAGUUGAAACCCUAUCAUGCUUAUUUGGAUUUGUUGGUUGAUAAGUUUGAGGAGUUGAGAUAUAUACAUCUGCCCAUGGCAGAAAAUCAAUUUACUAAAGCACUAGCCACCUUAGCUUCUGUGAUGAAGAUCCUUGCGGGAGUGACUGUGUGA